CCGAGUGAGAAGUUUUGGAUCCUCUCCAAAUGGAGGUGGCGUGAUUCAAUCCACGCCCAAAUGGCGAUGCGACAGUGAGAAAGCGAUGAGGAGACCGCUAGCAGCCACAUUUCUCUGCUUUCUCCUUCCGUUCUCCGCCGCUACCGUCGUCCUUACUCCCAUCUCUGCCUCUUUCUCCGAUCUUCCUGCCAAAUACGCCGGCUCCGUGAACAAACAUGGAAUCUGUGGAUCUCUUUACGUGGCGGAUCCUAUCGACGGCUGCUCACCGCUGAGGCACGGGGCCGCUUCGAACUGGACGGAACAGAGAACGAAGUUCGCUUUGAUUAUUAGAGGCAAAUGUUCGUUCGAGGAGAAGUUACUAAAUGCUCAAAUUUCCGGUUACCAAGCCGUGAUUGUUUACGACAACACACAAAACGAUGAUCUCGUCUACAUAAAGGUGAAUCAUGAGGGCCUAACUGUGCACGCGGUGUUUGUCUCAAACAUGGCUGGUGAGAUCCUGAGGGAGAAUGCAAAAGGGCAAGACGGGGAAUGCUGCAUCUAUCCACCAAGCGAGGGCCGAGCUUGGACAGUGCUGGCAAUCUCGUUCCUCUCCCUCAUUCUAAUCAUGACUUUCCUGUUGAUAGCCUUCUUUGCACCUAGACGCUGGACCCAGUGGCGAGGGAGAAGCAGCUGGCCUAACAGCGUGGAUGUGAAGCUUGUCGAGACACUUCCCUGCUUCACGUACAGAGAUUUCAGUCAAAACCAUGCCGGGGAAACGUGUGCAAUAUGCCUCGAGGAUUAUAGACUCGGAGAAAACCUUAGACUUCUCCCCUGCCAACACUCCUUUCACUUGAGCUGUGUGGACUCUUGGUUGACUAAGUGGGGUACGUCCUGCCCAGUAUGCAAGCUUGAUAUUAGAACCCACACUGCUUCUUCUAAGGUUAAUGGACGAGACUGGCUUAGGGAGUAGAUAACCCGUUUUGGACAAAGUCAAUAGG